AUGCUAAGGACAAACUGCACAGCGGUGACUGAGUUUAUUCUCCUGGGACUGACAGAUCGGGCGGAGCUGCAGCCUGGCCUUUUUGCGGUGUUCCUAGUCGUCUACCUCAUCACGGUAACCGGCAACGUGAGCAUGAUUUUCUUAAUCAGAGCUGACUCGAAACUUCACACGCCGAUGUACUUCUUCGUCAGUCACCUCUCCUUUGUAGAUCUCUGUUACGCCACCAACGUCACUCCUCAGAUGCUGGUCAAUCUCUUGUCCAAGAGAAGAACCAUUUCCUUGCUUGGCUGCUUUAUACAGUUCCACUUUUUCAUUGCCCUGGUGAUCACAGAUUAUUACAUGCUCGCAGUGAUGGCUUAUGACCGCUACAUGGCCAUCUGCAAACCCUUGUCGUAUGGCAGCAAGAUGUCCCGACGCGUCUGCCUCUCUCUCGUUGCUGCUAAUUACUUUUAUGGGUUUGCAAAUGGUCUGGCACAGACCAUCCUGCUGCUCCGCCUCUCCUUCUGUGGACCCAACGCAAUCAACCACUUUUACUGUGCAGACCCACCUCUCAUGGUCCUGGCCUGCUCAGACACUUACGUCAAAGAGACCGCCAUGUUCGUGGUGGCUGGUGCAAACCUCACCUGUUCUCUCACCAUCAUCCUCAUCUCCUACAUCUUCAUCUCCUCAGCCAUCCUGCGCAUCCGCUCAGCAGAGGGGAGGCACAAGGCCUUCUCCACCUGCGGGUCCCAUCUGACAGCUGUCACUGUCUUUUAUGGGACUCUAUUCUGCAUGUACCUAAGGCCCCCUUCUGAGGCAUCUGUAGAACAGGGGAAAAUUGUAGCUGUUUUUUAUAUCUUUGUGAGUCCCAUGUUAAAUCCUUUGAUCUAUAGCUUUCAAACAAAGAUGUUAAAAGUGCAGUAA